ACAAAUGUCUGAAUCCCAUAUUUAAUGUUUGUAGUUGAUGCCGUUAAACGCUGAUGAUAAAAACGAGUGUGAAACUAAUAACAGCACUGACAGUGAUCAGAGGAAAAUGAGUUUGAUCAACAGGACGAGUGUCAUAAUUCAUAAUAAUCUGUGUUGGGUUCACUGUUGAUCAUUAUAUGAAGAUCAGAAUAAAAGCAUCUGUUGAUUGUGUCUCAUCAGCUCCUGUGAUUCUGGAUCCAAACACUGCGAAUCCACAUCUCGUCCUGUCUGAUGAUCUGACCAGUGCGAGUCUCAACGGGAACUAUCAAACUCUUCCUGAUAAUCCAGAGAGAUUUGACUGGUGUGUGUGUGUUCUGGGUUCAGAGGGUUUUAACUCAGGAACACACUGCUGGGAUGUGGAGGUUACAGAAAGUAAAUACUGGAGUCUUGGAGUAACUACAGCAUCAGUCCAGAGGAAGGGACGUGUUUUCUUCAACACUGAUGUCUGGUGUAUGUCGUACGGAUGGAUUGGAGGUUGUGGUUUGCCUGUUAAACAGAAGCUUGAUCGUGUGAAAGUGAAUCUGGACUAUGAUGGAGGAACGGUGUCGUUCUCUGAUCUUGUAACUAACACACAUCUACACACAUUCACAGCCACCUUCACUCACACACUCUUUCCAUUCUUCUGUUGUUAUUCUGACUCUCUGAGGAUCUUACCGGUCAAUAGUCAGUAAACGCCACUCCUGUAGAUCUGGAUCUUCCUGCUCUCAUCAUGUUUCCAAUAUUUACUCCAUAUAUCAUGAGUAAGAGUGCUGUUGAUCUGAGUAUCAGUACGGUGGCUGUGAUUGGGCCGUGAUGAUCACAUGACUGAUUUCCAGCACUACAGCAACACACACACUCUCAUGUUGCUUUAACAGAUCAAUAAACAACAGUGAAGUUUGUCACUUUGCUCAUUUUUACAUAAUUAUAUAAUAUUUUUUUCUUUAAACUGAGC